CUGUCAUGUGUCAGUGUCACUUGAUCAGCUGGACAUCUUGACAGUGAAAACAUUUAAUUUCAUGUUUUGUAGAACUGUCUUUUGUAAAUUGAAUCGACGCCGUAAACAAGGUAGUAACCGUUAAACCGACACGGCAAUUGUUAUUGUGUAUUGUCUGCUAUAUUGUACACUAUUUACGGCAUUACACUGAUUAGGUCAACACGUAAAUGUUCAAAGCGACGGAGGCGUAACUAGUGAUAAGACGCCGCCGGCCGCCCAGUCAGCGCGAGCCACAGCGACAAUUAUAUUAGCCGUACAGCGUAGUAGCCGUCUCGACAGAGUCCCGCCCUCCCAACUGCAACAACUCCACAACUACAUUCAAAGAUCAGACGAGAGAGCGAGAUGGGCGUGGAGCGGGAAGUGAACGGCGUGCGCGUGGCGGCCGUGGGCGAGAUCAACAGCGCGCACUACGACGCGCUCGUGCUGGUGACGGCGCCCGGCCUGGUGCCGCCGCAGGCGCUCGAGGACUUCGUGGCGGCCGCGCGCCAGCUGGACGCCGAGCUGGAGCGCGCGCCCGCGCUGCUGCAGUGCGCGCGCGUGUCGGGCGCCCGCCUCGUGCUGGCGCCCACGGGCGCGCUGGGCGAGUACGAGGACGUGCGCGCCGUGCGCGACGCGGCGCGCGCCGGCAUGGCGCGGGCGCUGGCGGCGGGCGCGCGCCGCCCCGCGCUGGUGCUGCAGCCGCUGCAGCGCUGGCCGGACGCGCCGCUCGUGGCGCUGCUGGCCGCGCUCGAGCACCUCUACGUCCCGCUGCAAGUCCGGGAGACAUUUCCUGAGCUCGCGCACAAGGUGACGGCACUGGGCGUGUACGCGGAGGGGCUGCAGGGCUCCGUCGACGACCUGCUGCGGGAGGCCGUGGCGCUGGAGGUGGCCAGGGCCGCGGCGCGCGACAUCGGCGGCGCCGACCCCGAGCGCAUGACGCCGCUGCGCACGGCGGAGUACGUGCGCGCGCUGUUCGGGCCGACGUCGGCGGUGCGCGUGCGCGUCAUGGACGAGCGCGCGCAGCUGGAGCAGCACUACCCGCUGCUGGCCGCCGUGGACCGCGCCGCCGCCGCCGUGCCGCGCCACCGCGGGUGCGUCAUCUUCCUGGAAUACGAGCCCGACAGCUACGAGCGCACCGUGAUGCUGGUGGGGAAGGGCGUGACGUACGACACGGGCGGCUGCGACAUCAAGGCGGGCGGCGUCAUGGCGGGCAUGUCGCGCGACAAGUGCGGCGCCGCCGCUGUCGUCGGCUUCCUUAAGGCGUGCGACGAGCUGCGGCCGGCGCUGAAGGUGGUGGCGUCGCUGGGCAUGGUGCGCAACUCCGUGGGCGAGGAGGCGUACGUGGCGGACGAGCUGCUGCGCAGCCGGCGCGGGCUGGCCGUGCGCGUGGGCAACACGGACGCCGAGGGCCGGCUCGUCAUGGCCGACCUGCUGGCCGAGCUGGCGGACCGCGCGGGCGCCGAGCGCGCGCCCAUGCUGUACACCGUGGCCACGCUGACGGGGCACGCCGUGCGCGCGUACGGGCGCGGCUACACGGCCGUGCUGGACGGCCACGCGGCGCGCGCGGCCGGCCACGCCGGGGCCUUCCGCGCCGCGGCCGAGCGGCUGGGCGACAUGGUGGAGGUGUCGGUGCUGCGGCGCGAGGACCUGGCGGCGCACGCGGGCCGCGGCCGCGACCAGCUGCAGCAGGCCGAGAGCGCGGCGUCCGUGGCGCUGCCGCGCGGCCACCAGGGCCCGGCCGCCUUCCUGCUGCUGGCGGCGGGGCUGGCGGAGCGCGCGCUGCCCUACGCGCACCUGGACGUGGCGGCCAGCGCCGGGGACCUGCCCGACGACCCCACGGCGGCGCCGCUGCUGGGGCUGGCCGCCUACUACGGCCUGGUCGCCAAGCGCUAGCACGCGCGCUGCGUGCCUGGACCGUUCCGGAACGUUCCAAAGAGAGCGUGGAGUACAUCGUUGCAUAAUAACCGAUCACAAUAUAUUUUUGGAUUAUUUUUAAAUAUAAACAUGUUUAGUA